AUCUGAGCUACCGUAUAAAUAGAACUGAAGCAUGACUGUAUUCGCUAUCCACAAGAGCUCACGGCAGGAAAGUACAGCAUUCAAGACCAGCUAUUUACUGCCGCUACUGAGGAACCUGAAAAAUGAGACCUAGAAUGAAGUAUUCAAACUCCAAGAUUUCCCCGGCAAAGUUCAGCAGCACAACAGGCAAAGCCCUGGUCCCACCCUGCAAACUACGAGGAUCCCAACAGAAGACCAAAGAAGUCUGCCAUGUCUACUGCAUGAGACUCCGUUCUGGCCUCACCAUAAGAAAGGAGACUGGUUAUUUUGAGAAAAAACCCACCAAAAGAUAUUCACUAAAAUCGGGUAGCAAGCAUGAAGAGAGCUUCUCUGCCUAUCCAAAGGCUUCUAGGAAGAGAUCCCUGCUUGGUGUAAGGAGAUUCCAAGCAUUUGCUGCAUCAGUUGACACACUGGGUAGCAUCCAAGAAACUUCACCUUUAACACAAUCUUGUGCCUCCCUGAGCACGUACGAUGACCAAUCUGUUAGUUUUGUUUUGGAGAAUGGAUGUUAUGUGAUCAAUGUUGAAGAUUCUGGAAAAGACCAAGAAAAAGACAAGGUGCUACUGCGUUACUAUAAGUCUUCCUUUCCGGCAAGUCAAUCAGGCGAUGGUGUGGAUGGGAAGAAGCUGAUGGUGAACAUGAGUCCUGUCAAAGACACGGACAUCUGGCUGCACGCCAACGACAAGGACCAUUCUGUGGAGCUCCAAAGGUGUGACGUCUCACAGCCAGACCAGGCCUUCUUCGUUCUUCACAAAAAGGCCUCUGACUUUGUUUCAUUUGAAUGCAAGAAUCUUCCCGGCACGUACAUAGGAGUAAAAGAUAACCAGCUUGCUCUAGUAGAAGAAAAGGAUGAAAAUGGAAACAGUAUCAUGUUUAAACUCUCCAAAAUGUAAUGUGAUAAAAAGCCUGUGGGUUCUGGGUUGAAUGACUUAAUGUUUCCAACUGAAGAAAGGCUAACAGAGAGAAAGAAAGCCAUUCUUGGUUUAAGAUGAUGUUGGAUGUUAUUAUAUAGAAAAAUUCUUUUAUUUCUUCUUUUUUACAGCUACACAUUCAAUAAACACAUGAAUAUAUGA